CACCAUUUCAUUUUUCAAGAAAUUGACCAUCAGCGCAUGUUUUGAGUGUUUUGCCCUGUAAACAGCAUAUUCAUAGCGGGCUAUCAAGUAUCAAGUGUAUAGAACUGUUGUACUCUCUGAGCACAGCGAGCCGAGGACGAACUGCGUGGAUCAGCUGCUAAAUGGCCUUCGAUAAGAUCAAAGUCGUUAAUCCGAUCGUUGAGAUGGACGGUGAUGAAAUGACUCGUGUGAUCUGGAAAUCUAUAAAAGAAAAGGUGUACAAUGUGGCAAUUAAAUGUGCAACAAUCACUCCAGAUGAGGCCCGUGUUAAAGAAUUCAACCUGAAACAGAUGUGGAAGAGUCCAAACGGAACAAUCCGGAACAUCUUAAAUGGAACUGUAUUUAGAGAACCAAUCAUAUGUAAAAAUGUUCCCCGGCUUUCUAUCCGUGCUUUUGCGGAGGCUUCAAUGAACACGGCUUACCAGAAAAGAUGGCCACUGUAUCUUAGCACGAAAAAUACGAUUCUAAAGAAGUACGAUGGAAGAUUCAAGGAAAUUUUUCAAGAAGUGUAUGAAAGAGAAUGGAGGUCCAAGUUUGAGGCUGCUGGGAUAUGGUAUGAACAUCGUCUUAUUGAUGAUAUGGUUGCUUAUGCCCUAAAGAGUGAAGGAGGUUAUGUGUGGGCUUGCAAAAAUUAUGAUGGAGAUGUUCAAAGUGAUUUUUUAGCCCAAGGAUUCGGGUCUUUGGGUCUGAUGACAUCAGUACUAGCCGAGGCAGCACAUGGCACGGUAACACGUCAUUACCGUGUUCAUCAAAAAGGUGGCGAGACGAGCACUAACAGCAUAGCCUCAAUCUUUGCCUGGUCACGGGGGCUUGCACAUAGAGCAAAGUUAGACAACAAUUCAAGACUCCUGGAUUUUACGGAGAAGCUAGAAACUGCCUGCAUUGAAACUGUUGAGUCUGGAAAGAUGACUAAGGAUCUUGCUAUUCUUGUUCAUGGACCCAAGGUGACCAGAAAUCGGUAUCUAAAUACCGAAGAGUUCAUUGAUGCCAUUGCUGAAGAACUGAGAAAUAGACUGCCAAAACAGGCGAAACUAUAA